AUGGAGACAGAUCGUGACAGAGGGAGAGCCAGAGAGCCUGAGAUGGAUACAGCUCGUGACGGAGAGAGAGCCCGAGAUGGAGAGAGCUCGAGAUGGAGAGAGAGGUUGAGAUGGAGGGAGCUCGAGAUGGAGAGAGAGCUUGAGAUGGAGAGAGCUCUCAAGAUCUUCACUGGUUCUAGGAAUGGAGAUCGAGAGAGAGAGAGAGAUAGAGAUGGAGCUGCGUCACUUUCCCCGACUGCGUCAAGUUUUAUGUCGCGACCGCAGGUUUUAUCGGCGUCAGCCGCAGGACGCGGCGUUCGGACGCGGCGUCAGACGCAGCUGUCUGCGGCAACGAAACGAACAGGAGUUGACGCCGAAUGUUGA